AUGAUCCAGCUGGUUUUGUCUGUGGUUCGGUUUUGUUGUGUGAGCUGCUGUGGUUGUAAAUCAGGGGAAAUGGUUAAAAACAGAUCCUGGACCUGCUGAUGGAGAUGUGAAGGAGGAUUACACAAAUAAACCGGAUUAAAUCGGUGAAGCGGAGCCGCGGAACGGUUCCCAGGAACCAUGAGGCAUGCCGCGCCGCUGUGGCCCAGUGCGGACACAGUUGCAGGGGAAGAUUGAACGCUGCUGAAGUCUCAAGGCUCUGAGCCUUCUGGAGUACUGCCAUGACCAGUCAGGGUGGUGGCAAUGGGGACACGCCCGGUCCCCCGCCGUCCUCGUCUUCGCCUUCGGCUUCAUCUUCGUUCCUCAGGCCGUCCGCUGGCCCGAAGCUGCAAGUUCAGCGCUCGCUGUCUCGCGACACGAUCACCAUCCACUUCUCCGCUCAGGGUAAGGAUGAGGAAGAAGAAGAUGAAGAACUGUACGGGCUGGCUGCCACCACGUCCGGACCGGAUGGAGACGAGCAGGGCGUAGCGACAGCUGUGGAAGCCAGUGAGGAGUUACUGUUCGAGGGGGCAGGGACGGGGACAGGUCCAGGAGGUCUCCCUGUUUCGUCUACUGUGGCGUCGUCAUCCCCAGCCCUUUCCAUCCAGCCGUUACCAUCCACCACAUCGUCCAUCGUUUGUAGCCCUGCCAGCUCCUCUUGGCCCUCAACCCAACCUCUCGCUUCUACAACCUCCUCCACCUCUUCCUACACCACCGGUUCUCCAGCCACCAGGUCCUCAAAACCAUUCCUCAGCCUGGUCAAGUCUUUAUCUACUGACGUAGAGCCUCGCGAAAGCACCACGCCAGUUCCUGUUCCUGCUCCUGCUUCUGCUCCUCAACCCAAGCGCCAUCGCCACUUGAUGAAGACCCUGGUCAAGUCUUUGUCCACCGACACAGCUCAUCCGGAACAAGAAUCGCCAUCCCAUCGCCAGACGGAUUCUCGCCUCAACUUGCACCUUUUUAAGCCUUUCGCCCAACAGAGGGUCACCGUACCGCCUGGCGGCGACUCCAAGACGGCACCAUCCUCGCCCAUAACCUCACCCGAUGGGCGCACCUUCUUCAAAGUCCAAGAAGUUGAGGCGCGAAUCGAGGACACCAAGCGGCGUCUCUCAGAGGUCAUGUGCGAACCUCUUCAAUUGCUCAGCAAGAUCAUUGGCGAAGAAGGGGGAAGCGGAGGGAGUACCACUAGCGCCGUCGCCGCCACAGCCAUUGGUGGUGGUGCCACAGUGCCAGGGCAAGGGAGCAGCCAUCGACCCAAAAGCCUCUCCACUAGUGCCACAGAGCUUUCCACUCUGACCACCCUCAAUGGCCACCUGGAAAGCAACAGCGACUACUGCAUCAAAGAGGAAGAAGACCUCGAGGGCGAGAGUCCUCUAGAAGGUACCCUACCCAGGUCACCAUCGCUAGGUCUGGACAGGUGCUUCAUGUCUGCUCUGGCCCGGCAGGAAGACGAGGAGUUUUGCGAACUUUACAGCGAAGAUUUCGAGCUCUGCACGGACACCGAAGCUGACGGGGAACUUGCAGACUCCACCAGGCUCCAGCGAGGGAGCACGGCGUGCAGCGAGGAAGCAACCGAGGGCGAGGAAGACGGUGAAGAAGAAGAAGAGGAAGAUGACGAUUAUGAUAAGUCUACGGGAGUACCGCAAAACGGACUCAUUCUCCUCGUUUCCAUCGUGUACGGCUACUUCGUGCUGCCGCUGCCCACGUACGUAGGGGGGGUGUUGCUGGGAGUCGCCGCUGGCUUCAUGCUAGCGAUUUUGGUGUUGUGGCUCUCGGCCCCGCGCCGGGUCCCGGCCUGGGGCCCUACUUGCUUUAGCCGGUCCAGGAGAGAGCGCUGGAGUGGGGUCCCUUUGGACAUCAAGGAGCCGAGCAUCUACAAGGGUUGGAUGAAUGAGAUCCACAGCUAUGACCCGGAGUCGUAUCACGCCACACUCACCCACUCAGUGUACGUACGCCUGGAGGGCUCCGUGCUCCGCCUCUCCAAACCCAACCGCAACAUCCCCCGCCGGGCCAGCUUCAGCGAGCCCAAACCCGACGUCACCUACAUCAGCCAGAAGAUCUACGACCUGACCAGCAGCAAGAUCUACCUGGUUCCCCACAGUCUGGCGAGGAAGCGAGUGUGGAAUAAGAAAUACCCAAUCUGCAUCGAGCUGGCCAAGCAGGACGACUUCAUGUCCAAAGCCCAGGGGGAGCGUCCCGACCCCGCGGAGGAGAAGACUCCCGCCCCGGUGGAGAAGAGCGAGGGGACAGCGGGAACCGAGGACAACAGGAGACCGUCCUCAGACCCUGUCCUGUUCCUGUUCGGGAGGACGGGCCGGGAGAAGGAGGAGUGGUUCAGACGAAUGCUGCUCGCCUCCAGACUCAAAGCUGAGAUUAAAAAACCUCCAGGCCUUCCCUCACCUUUUGUCCCCUCCCACGGGCGCAGCAGCAGCCAAUCAGGCGCUCUCUCUCACAGUCGCAGCAGCAGCCGGGGCAGCCUGGACGACCUGCUGCAGUCUCAGUCUCAGACCCGGCAGAAAGACCCGGGGGGCGGAGCCAAACAGAAAGUUCUGGACUACAACGUCUACAUGGCCAAAUACAUCAGCCAAUCAUCAGGGAGCCCUACUGCCAGCCCCGCCCACAGCACGGACAGCAGCCCGCGGACCGUCAAGAAGUUUCCGGAUGGUCUGAGUUCAGAGGCCGGGUCUGAGGCCUGGGUUAAUGCUCUGCUGGGUCGUAUCUUCUGGGACUUCCUCAGGGAGAAGUACUGGGCUGAUGUUGUGUCCAAAAAAAUCCAGAUGAAGCUGAGCAAGAUCCGGCUGCCGUACUUCAUGAACGAGCUCACGCUGACUGAGCUGGACAUGGGCAUGGCUAUACCCAAGAUCCUGAGAUCCUCCAAGCCUUCAGUCGACCAUCAGGGUCUGUGGUUUGAUCUGGAGAUCUCCUAUAACGGAUCUUUUCUGAUGACUCUGGAGACGAAGAUGAACCUCGCUCGGCUUGGGAAGGAGGGAGAGGGUUUAGGAGAGCAGGGAAAAGAGGGGCCGCGCACGUACUGCCUGGCUGACAGUGAUGAGGAGUCGUCCAGUGCUGGAUCUUCUGAUGAAGAGGAUCCAGCAGAAGAUCCUGAGAUAUCAGGAGUGGAGGGCUACGUCGGGGGACAUCGUCCCAGCAAGAUCAUGCGCUUCGUGGACAAGAUCGCCAAGUCCAAGUACUUCCAGAAGGCCACGGAGACGGAGUUCAUCAAGAAGAAGAUGGAGGAGGUGUCCAACACCCCCCUGCUCCUGACGGUGGAGGUGCAGGAGUGCCGGGGGACGCUGGCCGUCAACAUCCCGCCGCCCCCUACAGACAGGAUAUGGUAUGGAUUCAGAAGUCCACCACACCUGGAGCUGAAGGCCCGACCCAAACUCGGGGAGAGGGAGGUCACGCUCGCCCACGUGACCGACUGGAUCGAGAAAAAACUGGAUCAGGAGUUUCAGAAAAUAUUUGUUAUGCCAAACAUGGACGACGUAUGGCUUCCCAUCAUGCACUCUGCCAUGGACACGCGGUCCAACCUGAACUUGGUUACUGUGAUUUCUGAUGCUGUGAAAUCUGAGGCGACCCUGGACCUGGAGGAUCCUGCAGAAGAGCUGUGAACCUGCUGGAAAACUGCAGAAAACCUGAGGAAUGUGUUGGAUACUGGUGGUGCCUGCUGGGUAAUGGGGAGGGUAAUCAUCCUCACUGUUUACUCAAGUGGUUUUAAGCUCGUUUGGGUCUAAAUGCAUAUUAAUAAUGCAUUUAUUACAGGAAGAAGCUGGAAAUGAACACUUUUAUAUUGGUAUUGGUGUAAUGUGAAGUAUCGUACAGCAGGGGAAUGGAUGGAUCCAUGGAAGAACGUAUAAAAGCAGCGUAUAGAACCAAUCACCUGUAUGCUAUACGCGACGCCUCACUGCUCCAGCGCUUUUACCUCUCAUUUCCAGGUGGGUUUAGGCGCCAUCUUGGCCUCCAUGGCAUCAACCCGGGAGCGAACGAACUUAAUCCAGGAUAAAGAGUCUGAAUUCAGUGCCCUGCAGCACAGCGAUCUCUGAAUAAUGUAAACUAAACGAUGGAUGAAUGAAUUUUUAAUUCAGAUUGUAAAGCGAUUCGGGAGAUUAUCAGAUUUGUGUGCCAUGCUGAUCUGCUUUUCGCAUCGGAAAAAAAUGUGAUUUACAGCAUCAAUAACCAAUAAAACCAACAUCAACAUCAACAUACAUAUAGAAAAGAAAGUACCUGCCGCCACCGACCUCUGCCAAUCACAUUGCUGCCUGAGGAGGCAUCUACAGCGGUGCGUAAGAGUUUUUGGAGAAAAAUGACUAAUUUUCUAUAUUUCUGUGUAAAAUUUGAUCAUUUGACAUUUUUCACAAAAACGUAGAACUAGAAAGAAGAACCAGUGGAAUCAAACAAAUGAAAUUAAUUAAUAAUAUAUUAUUUAGACUCAUUUUUUAAGUGAGAAAAAUUAUAUACAGCUCUGGGGAAAAAAGUCACUUUCUGAAUCAGUUUCUCUGAUUUUGCUAUUUAUAGGUUUAUGUUUGAGUAAAAUGAACAUUGUUCUAUGAACUAAAGAUGCAGAGCUUUCAGAUCUCAACUAAUGCAAAGAAAACAAGUUCAUAUUCAUAAAGUUUUAAGAGUUCAGAAAUAAUCAAUAUUUGGUGGAAUAAUCCUGGUUGGUUUUUAAUCACAGUUUUAAUUCAUGCAUCUUGGCAUCAUGUUCUCCUCCACCAGUCUUACACACUGCUUUUGGAUAACUUUAUGCUGCUUUACUCCUGGUGUAAAAAUUCAAGCAGUUCAGUUUGGUGGUUUGAUGGUUUGUGAUCAUCCAUCUUCCUCUUGAUUAUAUUCCAGAGGUUUUCAAUUUGGUAAAAUCAAAGAAACUCAUCAUUUUUAGGCGCUCUCUUAUUUUUUUCCUGAGCUGUAUUCUGUUUCUAGCAACUAAACGUUUCCAGUAACUGUUGUUUGAUUAGGAAUUAGGAAUUUUAGCCCCGCCCAUUUCUCCUCCUUACUAAACACCCGCCUAUAUAAUUUCUUUUAGAUUAAGCUCAAGACCUUGACUUGUCCCGAUUUCAAAACGAAAUUCAAAAUUAAUUCUUCUUUAUUCUUUGUUUUUUGGUAUGAUCACAUGUGCACAUGUGCUUGGGUCGUUGUCUUGCUGCAUGGCCCAUAUUGUUCUCUUGAGAUGCAGCUCAUGACUAAAAUGCUGUUUGUUUUUGUCGACUAAAACUAGACUAAAACUAAUAAUAACCAAAAGACUAAAAUGUAACUAAAACUAUUAUGCAUUUUAGUCAAAAGACUAAAACUAAAAUUAAACUACCAAAAUUGUCAAAAUUAAAACACGUAAUGCAGGAUCAUUACCCUCUAUAACUAGACUAAAACAUAUAUAAUAACCAAAAUACGAAAAUGUGACUAAAACUAUUAUACAUUUCAGUAAAAAGACUAAAACUAAAUCAAAAUCACCUGUCCAAAUGUAAACUGUCACAGAUACGUAAUACCGGAUCAUUUCUCUCAAUAAAUUAAUAGCGAGUCUAAUAUUUGUAUCAUAUUUGUUUGAUUUGAUUCUGCUAAUCUAUGUUUUUUAGGAAUUUCGAUAAAGUUUUAGGUCAAAUCUUUGCAAAAAAUAUUGACUAGACUAAAAUGCUGUUUGUUUUCAUUGACUAAAGCUAGACUAAAACUAAUUAUAACCAAAAGACUAAAAUGUGACAAAUUAUUAUAUAUUUUAGUCAAAAGACUAAAAGUAGAUCAAUAUUACCUAUUGUUAUUCAUUACCCUCUAUACAUUAAUAGUAUUUCUAAUAUUUAGUUUAGUUUUAGGUCAAAUCUUUGCAAAAAUAUAGAAAAUACUUCACGAACAGUCCAGAAACCUCUAUGCUCCGCUGUAUGUGGCAUCUAAUUAUGCAAUUAGAUCAGUUUCACUGUGCUAAAGGACACCAGCUACGUCCCCACCCCCCCUGAAACGCGUCCCUACCCGAGCUGGCUGGUGCAGGGGGUACGAACACGCCGCUUUCUGUGGACCCCGAGUGUCUUCUCUCAACCAUUGCCUUUCUGCAGCCGUCUGGAAAAAUGACGCGGCACCUCCACCUCCGUGCCGAAGAAAUCGACGGAAACGAUGGAAUUUUACACUAAAAAUCAAAUAAAAUUCUCUCUGCCAUGAACUUGUAUAUCAUUGUGCAAUAUGGAGAAGCCAUCUGAAUGUAGAAAUCAUCGCCUGAUCAUCUCCGUUUUUAUUUCUGGUCGUUUUUCUAGAUUUCAUUUGUGCUUUUUACUGAAGUUCUAAAACAAAAGCUUGUGUUCUGUCUGAGGUUGUGUUUAUGAGUUAUUGAAGAUCUGUGAUAUUGUUUUAUUUGGAUAUUAAUUAUUAUAACUCUGUUAAUUCCAGUGAUCUCUGAACGUAUAUGUUACUGUUUGACAUGUUGAUAUACAGUAGCUGGUAAACAGUCCUUCACACCUGGAAUUAACAUGCAUUUAAUGUCCUGAUCCAAUCAGUGGUGGACUUUUUUAUGUUUUAUAAAAUUUGUGCAUCACUAAUAACAAUUUACUUUGUUUUAUACCAUUAAAUACAGUUUAUCUCAUUGUGAGAGUACCUAUAAUCCAUUUCUCCAUUCGAGGAGCAAGUAUAGAACCAGACAGAAGAUUUAAUUCACCGUAAAUUCUGUAUUUUUUAAUUAUUUUAAAAUGUCCUGUAUUGUAGAUUAAUACCAAACUCAUUCAAACUAUGAAAAAAAAGGUGGAAUUAUUUAGCAAACAAAAAAAAUGUUUUAUAUUUUUUUAACGCCUUUAAGUAGCACCUUGCUUUAAGUAGUUAAACCUCUGAAAAUGCUUUGUACUGUAUACAGGCUUUAGGUGUAGGUGAUACAAAACCCUUUUUUCAGCAGUAAAAUAACUUCUAAUUCUAAAUUCUAAAAAUUGUUUUCUCUCUACUCCACUUAAUAAUUCCAGAUCAGGAAUCAAACCCAAAUUCUGCAGGUUUAAAAAUAAAAACGUAAAAAUUAGACAAACAUAAUGAAACUAAAGGUUUGGAGACAUGAACUGUUUAUUUUGUAUUUAGGAAAAUAUUGAAUUUAAAAUGAAGUUCAGGUUAACCAAUCAUGCGCUCAUAAGAAUUUGAACAUUAUAAU